AUGAAGACCGAAUUUACAGAAAGAGAAUCUCGAAUAAUAAUGUCAUUGUGGGGUAACGUCAAAGCCGGAGCUGCAGCUGCUGCAAACAAGGCCGCUGACGCCACCAAACUUGCUGGUCACAAGACCAAGCUGAAGGCCGACCUUGUCUUUUGCGACCGCGAAACCAGCAAUUGUAAGAAGGCGUUCGGUGUCAGUAUGUACGAUCACAUUAGUCCGCUCUCGCAGACCGCCGAUUUCUACGCUGCGCACGACGAUUUGACGGAAAUCCUUCGCCCAUCCCUUAUUAUUGCGCAAAAGGAAAUCCAGGCUCUUGCUGCCAAACGGGUUAAGCUGAAAGAGGACCUAGCAGCCGCUGAAGCACGGCGGGCCGGAGCCUUUCCAACACCAGCCGAGACGGCAGGGCAGAAAGUACUCAAUUUUGGUAAGGCAUCAGCCAUGCACUCUAAUGAAACGAAAAUGAAGGCAGAAAUAUCCAUGCUGGACGCUCGCAUCAAAGGAUUCAAACAAGAUUUUGGACUCAGCCUCUUCACAAUCUUGGCAGAAGCAGAAGACACGCGCGGAUAUCUGCCUUCCGACAGGCAAGUCAGAAGCAUCUAUGACCAAACCCGACAGGACAUCAACAAGCUUCUAGCUAAAAAAGAAAAGAAAUCUGAAGAGCUAAAGGCCCUCAGUGGUGGUAAUUCUGAACUUUCCAGUCAUAGAAACAACUCGACGCAGCAGCAAAAGAACGGGGGCUUCUCCGAUAACUUACCAUCGAACGCCAACCAUACAGGCACACUUUCAAACAGUAAGGAUCCAGACCUUUUGAUGCUCUAG